AUGGAUACUCCCCAGGUACAACAGAGAACAAUUGAAGUCCUGUUUCUCACCAUCAAACAAAGGAAACAGAACCUCUACAGUCAGACAGGUUUGUUAAAUUUCAUGAAUAUUGAAUUGCACACACUUACUUUCUCUUUCAUUUCAAAGCCUUGCAAUUUAACAAAUAAUGAUGGAUGCAAGAGAUGUCACCCUCUGCGCAGAAAGAUAUUGGAAGAAAAGGCCAAAUUGACAGCUGCCAUAGAGGAGUACAACACCCUUGUACCAGAGUCAGCAAUACCAUCUGCAGAUGAGAUCCUUUCCGCAAACCUUCAUGCAUGGCCUUGGGAGCUUGGACAAAGUAAGUAGUAUGUUUGUGUGUCACAAUAACUAUGUUUCUGUUUGCUAUCUUUGUUUGUUCAGUUGCGCAAACACAGACAGCACCACAAUUCAAGUUACAAAUCCACAUUGCAUUAUUAUGAAUUUACAACUGACCUACUCACAAAGAAAAUAGUCUUUGACCAGGUGAUGCUCCUCAGACGGCUGAAGGAGGAAGAGUUAAUUGUCCUAAAGGAAGUCAAGCAGCACUGGGAAAUCCUAAAGAGGGAAUCUGAGAAUGUGCAAGACCUUGCUUUACAUAUGGCACUUGACCUAAGCAGGCAAAGUAGGGGUACUUUCAUGAAUAUGAACAAUUGAUGUUGGCACACUGUAAUUGCUAUUGUAUUUAAGGAAUACUUCAUUGUAUUUACCCUACACAUUGCGAUUGUUGUUGUUAGGCUGGCAAUUGAAUCAGUGGGAAGCUGGGAGCAGAGAUAUCUUCUCCAUGCUUCAGAGGAGAGUCAGUAGCCUCAGAUGACACCAGGACUCUGUCAAACUGAUACAAAGCAAAGCUAUGGGCCAAGACACCCCUCUCCUAGAAGAUGACUUCAUAGAUUACCUCCUGGAAGAGGACCUAGAUGACAUCCAUGACAGCAUCCACUACAGCUCGAAUGACGAGGAAUCUAUCACAGACUGA